CUGGGAACGCCUGUUGGAGUUUCUUUCCUGAGCGAGUAAAAAGAACAUUUCACUCAAACUGAUGUCAUUGAUCCAGAAAUAAUGCACUUUAAAUGCAAAUGGUAGGCGUCUUCCAGCAUUUAGACACUAAGAAGAGAUAUUGCUUCGCAAGCUGAGUUUAUUUUUGUUUAAAAAUGCCAGCCCUUGUGGCUUUUAAUCGUCGUUGGCAGAUUGGAAGUGACGAUUUGGUGUUCGUGUUCGCUGGAGGUUUGAUGGCAAGGAUCGCCUGGGUUACUGUGUUAUGCAUUAUAUUCGGUGUCUAUCACAGCCAAAUAAGGUUAUGUACUGCAAGCUUUGCUCUUCAAUCAUUCUUUAUCGGUGUCAUCGCCCUAACAUUUAUCGUCAUAUUAAACGAGAUUGCAAUCAUCUGGAUGAGUAUGCGGGGGAGUGUAAUUAACACCAGACCACGGCGGCACAUUCCAAUCUUGCUGUAUAUUCAAAUAGCGUUGUACGUGCCAGAAACUUGCCUAUCUGCACUUGGUAUCUACUGGGCUUUUUAUGAGAGCAAAGGAUGUGAGGAUGGUCUUACGAUACCAGUAAAAAUCACAGUAGUGCUUCAAUGGUGCUUAUUUUUGACAGUCUUGGUUGUUGUUGUUGUGUUUUUUGAUCCACUGGGAUCAACUCAGAUCACUGACCAUGGUGAAGAUAGGCGUGCUCUUCAGGAGAAAACCACCAAGAUAUGGGAGCGUCGUUGCAAGGUACUGUGUUGCUGUUUUGCUAGUUGUGACGAGGACUACAGGGAUGCCAUUUCUGAUAUCGCUGGCAUGUUUGCAUCAGAGCUGCAUGGAAUAGAUGCUGUUCCUUCUGAUGUUGCUGCAGGGUUAAUACUGCUACAAGAGCAGCAAGAAGAAGAAGAGAGACAAAAAAUACAAGAUGGCCAGACUAGCUCUGAAGGGGUACCAGUUGAUCUAUCAGAUCCAAGUCAGAAAAAGCUGAUAGAUGAUGCAGCACAUUUCAUGAAGUAUUCAUUAGGUUCCUACGGCUGGCCGAUGUAUGUGUUCAUGAAUCCAUGCUGUGGAACGUUCCAUUUCUGUAGUAAAGUCAGGUGGCUUUCUUGUUUGGGACCAAGGGCGAAACAUAUUAUCAAUGAUAACUGCUGCAUGUGUAAUUCAGCUGCUAUCCACCUUCAGUCAUCCUUGCCUGAAAGUGACCUGAUCUACUGCACCUAUCACAACAAACUAUAUGAAAUACCCUUUUACGUUGCAAUAGAUGACAAGGCCAAAGCUGUGGUGAUAUCGAUAAGAGGAACCCUUUCAAUGAGGGACACGUUGACAGACCUCACAGGACAUGGAGAAAGGAUUGAUAUGGAAGGCGUAGAGGAUGGCAUGGCGCAUAAGGGUAUGUUCUUGAGCGCGCAGUACAUCAAGAAGGUGUUGCUUGACAAUGGCAUAUUACAGGGUGCUUUUGAUGAGGCAGAAGACAGGGGUGGCAACUACCGUCUUGUCAUAGUAGGUCAUUCAUUGGGCGCUGGAACUGCAUCUGUGCUGUCUAUCUUACUAAAACCACUCUUCCCUGGUCUGCAGUGCUUUGCAUAUUCUAAUCCAAGUGUCUUAAACGAAUCAGCUACAGUCAACUGUGAAGACUACGUGUUGUCUGUUCUUGUUGGCAAAGAUGUAGUGCCAAGAAUGAGUGUCAAAACCCUCAACACUUUGGUACAAGAUUUAGAAAAUGUCAUAAUGAACUGUAACUUGCCAAAGUAUCGUAUCCUGAUGACUGGCUGUUGGCGAGCCAUCUGUUUCUUCCUAGGAAACAACAACAAGAAUCGUAAAGGUGACCCUAAAGUAUUACCUCCUUCCAUUUCCCCUCGUACUGACCAAGGCUCACAACCCCACAUAACCGAACCUUUGUUAGGUAAACGAGGCGAACGACAGCCGCUGAGCUCUUCUACCGGAGGCGCAAGAAGCAGUUACGUCUCCAAUAAUGGCGGUAGCAGCGAGAGCGAGAGUAAUAGACAACGCAAUGAAAGCCAGUUGGUACGUCUUUUCCCGGCUGGAAAAAUAUUACAGAUCGAUGUCAAACCAAAAAACCGACCUCGACCAGGACUGGCGUACGACCUAACCUGGGCUAACAAAGAAAACUAUGACCGCGUGAUCAUAUGUCCCACUAUGGUAAAGGACCAUUUUCCAGAUGUAGUCAUGAAUGCUCUUCGGGACAUAACAUCAUAAACAAAGAAAACAACCGAGUGAUUAUGAUAAAGUAAACUAUGUCGAUAGGCCGAACAUGUAACCUAUGCUUGGAGAGAUUUUCUUUUUGCACUGCGGAGUACAAUGCAACAUCAUAUAAAACAAAGAAAACAGCCGAGUGAUUUUGAUAAUGUAAAAGAUGCCAGUAAGAAUAGAUGACCUGCUUGGAGAGAUUUUUAUAUAAUGCAAUAGGCCUUUUGCAACAAACAGUCACGUGCUGAUAUAUGACUUUACUAACGAGUCAAUUCAGCUCAAGGUCCCUUGGGGAAGGCUCUGCUGGAUGGCAAACAAACUUUAAAUUGCUUCGUAUCUUGAAAUCGAAAGUAUCUUAUAAGGGGAAAAAAAGUAUUUUUGAAGGUUUUGUAUGCGACGUUAGUAAUCCAGCGAAUAAUCUUUGAUAAAGGAAGUCCAAAUUUUUUUGCCAUCCAGUAACAAUCGUGUCAAUCUAUUGCAAAAGGCCUAUUAACCCGGCUAAAACGUGACAGGCUUAGAUCCUUAGUAAGAGCCAGGCUUAGUACGGAAUAUUGUAGAACAAACAAUAACAAUAACAAAAAC